AUGUCGUCGGCAUCUCGGAGAAAGGUGCUGCUCAUGGGCAAGUCUGGGAGCGGCAAGACGUCGAUGCGCUCAGUCAUCUUCUCAAACUAUACGGCCAAGGACACGAAGCGCCUGGGCAUGACCAUUGAUGUGGAGCAGAGCGCCGUCCGACUGUUGGGCUCCCUUGUCCUCAACCUCUGGGAUUGUGGUGGCCAAGACGCCUUUUUGGACAACUACCUCCUCGCCCAGCGCGACACCAUCUUCUCCAACGUCGCCGUCCUCAUCUAUGUCUUUGACGUCACGUCCGAGGACUGGGACACUGACAUGCGGUACUUUGAAGAUAACCUCGUUGCGCUGCGCGAAAACAGCUCGGAUGCCGGUGUCUGGGUGCUCAUCAACAAGAUGGACCUCAUCGACAAGGAAGACCCCAAGCGGACCAAGUACAAUGAGCGCAAGGCCGAGAUCCUCGCGCUCGACGAGCGCGUGUCCGCAGACGUGAGCGCGGCGGGGACGUGCCGCUGCUUCCCCACAAGUAUCUGGGACGAGUCGCUGUACAGGGCGUGGUCGGGAGUCAUCCACACCCUUAUCCCGAACAUCCAGCUCAUCAUAACCCACCUCACCUUCCUGCGCGACCUGUGCGGCGCCGCCGAGGCUGUGGUGUUUGAGGGCGAGACCUUCCUCACAAUGGCCAAGUCUGGCUCCCCGCUCGACGCAGACCCGAACGACUACGACUCUACAGAGGUCACGCGCGGCUACGGCCGCCUGGACAGGGAGCGCUUUGAAAAGAUCAGCGACAUUGUCAAGAGUUUCCGCAAGACGUGCCAGCGUACCGGCGAGCAGUUUGUCGGCUUUGAGUCGACGUUUGAUGGGUGUACCGUCGUCCUGGAGCCGCUUACCAAGAACACGUUCAUCCUCAUCGUCACCACCGACGCGCGCGUCCAGGCUGGGUUUAUCAAGUAUAACAUUUGGCAAAGCCAGCUCCACUUUGCCGAGUUUGGCACCUUUAGCGACUUUACGCGCAAGUGCAACGUCUGCCGCACGACCAUCAAGUCGGUGCCCGACGCGACAUACGACGUCAAGACCGACGACGACCCUUCGGUGAGGGCUUGGGACGACGUGGGGAUCGAUCAGGCCACACAGGCAGUAGAGAGGGAUAAGAUCCAGGACCUUGGGUAG